CAAGGACGGUGGAUGUGGAUGUGGAUGUGGAAGGGGAAGGGGAAGGAGGGAGGUCCUGGCGAUGACCUAUAGCCGAGGAUCAUACGCCUCAAGGAACAUCCUUAUCCAUACUCGGGUACGGAUACCUAGGUACCUUAUUUCCAAGACUGAAGCUCUCGCAACAAGUCAAGCUCAGAGCCGGUGUAUGUAUGUACCUACGCAUGCAUGUCCCCCGCCUCGCCUCGUCUUGCAAUUGCAAUUGCAAUUGUACAUUAAACCAAGAACCCGCCUCUCCCUGUUCUACAAAGAUCUUUUAAACUCCACAUCCACAUCUACAUCAGGCGAGUUUAUCACAGCUUCCACAAUGCAGACCGUAAUACGUCAGAGCUUCAAGAAAACACAUCUGCCCUUAAGAACAAUCCUCAGAGCAUGUCAAGUGAGAACACUCGCUACCUCCAAUCUAAGCAUUCGAUGGGGCCCCAAAGAGCCUCUUCUUUAUAAUGGCACAAUCCCAGAACAUUUUGCUUCAGUUGUUUCAGCCCACGGAGAUCGCGAAGCUGUCAUCGCUCGUUCCCCAGGCCCUAAUUCACAUGAGUCGACACUAACAUACUACGCCCUGGACUCGUUAUCCAACAGCCUCGCACAUUCUCUCUCCUCGCUCGGCGUGCAAAAGGGAGACUGCGUGGCUGUAUCUCUCGGCAAUGGCCCUGAAUUUGCUGCUUUGACAUACGCCUGCUUCAAACUUGGUGCUAUUCUCGUGCCGCUGAACCCAGGCUUCAACGAGCAGCAAGUAGCUGCAGCGCUGAAGCAUCUAUCCGUGGAAACCCUCAUUAUCGGUGCUGUGACGGAUCUGGCUUACAAGCCAGGAAGAGGCCGAAGUAACCAGCACUUGCUCCAGAGCAUUGUGGGGGACGUAUCCUCGUCCAAGAUCCAGAGCGAGACGGUUCCCUCUUUGCGUAACGUUGUGGUGCUGGACAACCUGGCGAGCCAUCCAGAUAUCAAAUUCGACCUCAAAUCAUACCGGGCCUUUACUCCCUACCAAUCUCUAAUCGACGGCCCAGUUCAUACAGUAAAGCCAGACUCUCCUCUGAAACCAAGCGACGUCAUCAACAUCCAAUUCACAUCGGGCACGACCUCGCUUCCCAAAGCAGCCAUGCUCUCACAUCGUGCAAUCCUCAACAACGGUGCUUUGAUAGCUCACCGAAUGGGUCUUCACGCCGAUGACCGUAUCGUGGUCCCUCCCCCCCUAUUUCACUGCUUCGGCUGUGUGUUGGGAUACAUGGCUACGGCUACGACAGGCGCUGGUAUCCUUUUCCCCAGCCCUGCGUUCGACCCUGAGGCUACUCUUCGCAUGUGUGUCGAUCAUGAAGCUACGGGUCUGUAUGGUGUGAAUACCAUGUUCGUUGCUGUUCUUGAGGCCCUGGAUCGAGGCAAUGUUGUCUCACAACCACCUCGUCACCUACGUAAGGGCAUUGCUGCUGGCAGCAGCGUCCCUCCUUCUCUUAUGAACACAUUAUACGAGCGUCUUGGUCUCCAGGAUCUAGUUAUCUGCUAUGGCCAGACCGAGACGGCUCCGGUGAGCUGCAUGACCAGCCCCUCGGAUCCCUUCGAAAAACGAACCUCAUCCAUAGGCCGUGUCAUGCCGCACACAGGCGUCAAGAUUGUCGAUCCCCUUGAUCACAGCAAGACCCUCCCUAUCGGGGAACGAGGCGAGCUUGCUGCGGCCGGCUAUCUUGUCAUGGAGGGCUACCACGGGGAUGAGGCUCGAACAGCUGAGGUCCGUAAACCAGAUCCAGAAGACGGGACAAUAUGGAUGUACUCUGGUGAUGAAGCCGAGAUGGACGAACAAGGCUACGUGCAGAUCACUGGCCGAAUCAAGGACCUUAUUAUCCGUGGCGGAGAGAAUAUUCACCCGUUAGAAGUGGAAGACUGCCUUCUAACGCAUGAAGGUGUACGAGAAGCCAGUGUCGUGGGAGUCCCUGACGAGCGAUAUGGCGAGGCAGUCGCUGCAUUCGUUAUCCCUGCGCGAGGAUGGACGCCUCUAGAUCAUAUGAAAGACACGGAGGAGGCGCCCAUUGAUAAAGCAAACACUGAAGAGCCAGGAACUUUGUCAAGAGACGGGUUAAGACAGUGGGUUGCGACAAAGCUGUCCAAGCAUCUCGUGCCCAAGUAUGUGUUCUGGAUCGAUGAGUAUCCCAAAACACCAAGCGGAAAGGUGCAGAAGUACAAGUUAAAGGACUAUGCGAAGGAAAUACUAGGUGACGAGGACAACAAGGCGGCGCAGCCAUAAGAGGUUCAAUUAAAGUAAUUCAUUGCAUUGACAGCGUUAUAAUCGAGGUAUCAUUCGCAAAUGGGCUAUCUUUCUUCUCUUGAAAAGCCAAGCAGACAGAUGAUCAAGUGUUCCCAUCCAAAGCCUUUAGAAAUCGUCAAAAAAGG